GGACAGGUGCGUUUGCAGUUGCCAGUGAACGGUUUAGUUUCUCACAAUCGCAGCGACUUUUGGAUUCGGUGUAAGAAACGGUGUAAGCAGUUUUAAGUGUUACGAUUGGUGUUGAAAUUUUGCAAUACUUAUUCGAAUUUCUCAUCACUUGAGUGGUGUAGAAGGUGUAUCAAGCAAUCAGUGACAUUAGUGAAAACAAAGCGAACACGAAAAUGGCUCGCGGUGAAGGCAAAGGUGAAAGUGUUGCCAGGUUGUCGAACCAAAUCGCUUGCAUCAAGUACACGCUGUUUUGUUUCAAUAUAGUAGCAUGGAUCGUUGGAGCGGGACUGUUUGCGUUUACCAUUUUUAUUCGUGCCGAGCCCGGGUUCGAUGAGUGGAUCGCUAUAUUGGAAGUGUACGAGUACUACAUAGGAGUGUAUAUACUGAUUGGUGCCGGUGCACUGGUUAUGAUAUUUUCCUUCCUUGGCUGCUGCUCAGCACUGAUGGAGCACUCGUCUGCACUGUACCUGUUCAUCGGCACACAAGUAUUUCUGUUCGUUCUGACCGUGAUUGGUUCGGCCAUUCUGCUUGACUACUCGACCAUGAACUCCAGCAUCCAGCCGCUGAUUCGUCAAACGAUGCUCCGCUUCAUCGUCACUUCCGAACAUCCGCAUUCAUCUGCCGCACUAAAGCUGAUCCAAGAAAGCAUUGGUUGCUGUGGAGCGGACGGACCGAACGACUACAUGGUGAUGCGUCAACCCUUGCCACUGGAGUGUCGUGACACCGUUACCGGCAAUGCGUUCUUCAAUGGAUGCGUCAACGAGCUGACCUGGUUCCUGGAAGAUAAGUCCAUCUGGGCCGCCAUCAUGGCUAUGAUACUGGCUGCCGUACACACCUGCAAUGCCGUGCUUGGAAUCGUGCUGGUGCAAGCGCUCAGACGCGAGGAGGAAGCAAUGAACCGACGCUAAAUGCAGGAUCCAGCAAGUAGAAGCGCAUUUACGCGUGACAGCAGUGAAGGAACCUUACUUACAUUCCAAAUCCAGAACCAGGAGCAUAGAGCUAUGACACGCUUGCAAGGGAAUGAGUUGUUUUAAUUAAUUCUACAGUAUUUAGAUGUCCGAGCUAUCUUUGCCAUGUUUUACACUUACUUUACAUCGUCCAUAGGUACUAUAGAUUAAUCGAACAAUGUCAGCAAUGUCACCCAACCGAACACGUUUGGUGUAUCUAUAAUAAAUAAAGGCUAGAUUUAGUGGAGACUUAA